AUUGAUGAAAUGUCAAUGAUUGGACAUCAGAUGCUUUCAUGGCUUGACAACAGACUACGUGCAGGUACAGGAAAAGAGGAUAUCCCAUUUGGUGGGAUGUCGAUUAUCCUAAUGGGGGAUUUCGGCCAGUUACCUCCUGUAGGCGAUAAACCAAUGUACAUUGCAGGUAAUGGAUCUGUAAUCAGUGACCAUGGUCACAGUAUGUAUUUAACAUUUGAUUAUGUAGUCAUUUUAGAGCAGGUCAUGCGACAGAUUGGUGAAGACCCAGAAGUAGUUGCAUUCAGGGCGCUAUUGAUGAGAAUGAGAGAUGGACAAGUUACCGAGAUGGACUGGAGACUAUUAAUACAGCACUCCAGACCUAACGUUUCAAUGGAUCGAUUUAGUGAUGCAAUCCGGCUGUACUUUGAUAAAAAAAGUGUCGCUGAAUAUAAUUAUGAGAAGUUGCUAGAGAUUGGACAACCCUUGGUCAAAAUUCAAGCAAGGCAUUCUGGUCGAGGUGCAAGUGCGGCAACAUCUGAUGAAGCAGGUGGUUUGGAAGCUGUCCUCUUUUUGUCAACCAAAGCAGAAGUGAUGCUGACAUGUAACCUUUGGGCAGAAGUCGGUCUUUGCAAUGGCUCUUUUGGAACUGUUGAGCAAUUUUGGUUUGCAGAGAAUAUGGGUCCACCAAAUCUACCGAUUGCAGUACUGGUUCAUUUUCCAGCAUAUUCUGGCCCUGCAUUUCUACAAGAAUGUUCAAAGUGUAUACCUGUGCCUCCAAGACUGUUUGAGUGGAUGGCGGAUGGAAAGUAUUUGUCAAGACAACAAUUGCCCUUGCGGCUGAGGUAAAGGGGAGAGAGUUGCUGGCUGCACAUUUGUGGCAGCAUCUAGGGUAAGAUCAAUUAAUGAUAUUGUGUUUGAACCUAUGACAUUUGAUCGUCUGAAAGUCAUUGGUAGGAAUAAAAAUUUGAAGAAGCGACAAGAAGCGGAACGACGACUUCGUGUGCUUGCAGAAAAGACUGAGCAGAGGCAUAAGCAUUGAAUAUAUGCAUAUAAAGAUAUGGA